AUGAAGGGGACACUGCUUGUGCUGGCCUUGCUGGUGACCCAAGAGCUGGGCAUCGAGAUGGUGAAAUCUUGCCCUAUUUUUUAUGUAAUCUUUGGUGCCGUGGCCGCUGGAGGGAAGUUACCGCUGGACGCCUGCCUUGAUCUAGUCAAUGUCACUGAACCAGAAAAAGUAGCCAUGGAAAAAAUCCAGGAUUGCUACAAUGAGAAGGGACUCCAAGCCAAGGCCUUGGAUCUGACUGUCAUGGCGACCAUCACCACCGGCAAGCAAUGCAUCUCUGAAGCAGUGGCCCCAUUGAAGAAUGCCAUAACCUUGUUGGGGAGAUGAAUCUUGGCUCCAGAUGCCCGAUCUGAGCUCUGUCCUCCUGCUCCGUUCUUCACACCGGAAGCUGGAAUGCUCAUAGCUGUCCUCACCUCCUUCUGUCUCUAUCAGGCUGGCUGUAAUAAAAUAACUGCAGCUUAGCGCUGCAUGCCCCAUGUCUGUGUGCUCAGCAGAGAGCGUGCGAGGCCUGGCAGGAGGUCCCGGGACAUGGCGAAGGGGCGGGGGGUGACACGUGUGGUCAUUGCGAGCGUGGGGACUGGAGUCAGGCCGAAUCAGGAGCAGGUGCGAGCAGU